UCUUCUUGGGGGUACUUUUCGUUAUAAAAAGCCGCCACGCGCUCAACCAGCCAUCAAGUCUUCUGACAGCCGCCGCUCUGCUUCCAAGAACUUCAAAAUGUUCAAACUGUUCGUUUUCCUGACGCUCUGCCUGGCCUUCGCCUGCGCCGCUCCGGGUCUGCUGCACUCGUCCUCGGUGCCCAUCCUGACCAGCUCGUACCACAGCCUGCCCUCGGUGCGAGUGAUCGGCAGCCCCAUUUGGACCCACUCGCACUCCCCGUCGCUCUCGCUCUCGCACUCGCACUCGCACAGCAUUGUGCGGCCCCUGAGCUACGGCUACGGCCAUGGCUAUGGCUGGAUCUGAGGAUCUGAAUGGAGUGUCGGGCCACUGACAGACAGCGACGACUGUCCCCCGAAGCCACAAAAUAUAUAAUUGUGUGUCUAAA